ACGAGCAGGAAGCGCCGCGCGCACAGAGGACGGAGAGCCGCGCGGAGGGAGCAGCUUCACACUAAAAGAGCAGAAGAAGAAGAGAAAAGAGGAAGAGAAGAAGAAGCGGGGGAGCAGGCGGAGGACUCUGCUGGAUGUAGCUGUUUGCGGCUGUUUUGCGGGGAAUGUGCGGCCCCUCCGCAGCUGCUCUCCAACUUUGCGAGUCUCUGCUCUCAUGCCGAGAGGCGGACGCAGAGGAUGGGAGUUACCUGGUCCUCCAGAUGCCUCGCGCUCUUCCUCGCUCUGCACAUAGUCUCCGUGUUGCAGACGGUGCUGGUCAGCGCUGGUCAAUGUGACUCGGUGUUCAAGGGUUUCUCAGACUGCCUCAUCCAGCUGGGAGACAACAUGGCCAACUAUCCCCAGGACCUGGACGACAGCCAGAACCUGCACAAGAUCUGCACUUACUGGGAUAACUUCCACUCCUGUGCCACGACGGCGCUGGCGGACUGCCAGGAGGGAGCGACGGACCUCUGGGAUAAACUGAAAAAGGAGUCCCGAAACCUGAAUUUCCGCGGGAGUUUGUUUGAACUCUGUGGCGGCGGCAACGGAGCCCCCAGAUCUGCCAACGCCAGGGGCCUCGCCUUGGUCCUAACCACACUGCCCACCAUACUGACUUGGCUGGCGUUUUAACAGAAAAGAGGAAAAACAUGGAAACGCAAAGCGAGAAGAAGUAAAAAAAGAAAAAAAAAGGAAAAAUCCGACUGAAAAAAGAAAAUAGGAAAAGAGCGAUAGCUGCUCUUCCAAAAUACUUCAAAGUUUGAAUUCAUCACAAGAAAAUACUCCCCGAAUGGAUUUCUACUGCUAGGUCACCGCACGGCGGCCCAGGUCGCCUUCCUGGGACAUCUGCAGGCCGCCGUCCUCCCGGAGCGUUCAUCCAAUCACACGCAGACGCAACCCAGAGGCCGAAAACAUGAAAUAUUCAACACGCCUUUGAAACGAUGACAAUGAUGAAAAUGUGAUGGAUUCCCGUCCGCUUACAACCGUGGAAUUACACCGUAUUAAAGUCAACCAUGAAUUAUUGAUGUUUAGUAGGCGCGGCCUAGACAGCGCGGUGUGACUGCAGGGCGCUGACACUGUAUCAGGCUAUAUAUUAGAGCCCCCAUAUAGCCCAUGGUACAUAUUCAUGUGUAACGCGAGGCCACAAAAUCAAUAAGACGAGCCGAGGCCUCGAGCCGAUUCAGACCUGACGCCUCAUUUUCACCACGGACAGAUUCUCCUUUUACUUUGUCUUUUUUUAUUACGCCAAGUAGACUCUGUGGUAUAUUUGAUGGACUGAAUGCUUCGUGUAAUAUUUGUACUCGUAUUGGCUGUUUGUUGUUUUCAGGCCACGGUCACACCAGCGCUAAAUGCAGCCGUAAUAACUGGCAGCAAAGACAGCUUACCAAAAUUACACGUUUUACAGGCAGAAAAACUGCAAUGACCUUUGACCCCUACAGCAUGGCUCUCAAUCAACAGUAUUCUUACAUUCAUAGUAUUGUACUCGGUUGUGGAGCUGGCCGGGUUGCUGCCAUGCCACGUUUCUGGUGUGACCGUAGGCUUGUUUUUCUUGACCAAACUCUGAGGUGCAGAGAUGUGGUGGAGUAUCAAGCCUGCUUGUCCUUAAAGAACAGUUUAUACUGUUGUUAACGUGCAUGAUAUCAGUUCAGAGACUCUCAAAACAUUUCAGGAAAUGGGCACAAAAACAUUAAAUGUUUUAUAAGACGUCAGGUUCAAGUUAGUUUUUGCCUCUGUUGGAAGGACACUUGUACUAUCUCGAUGUUUCAUUUCUGUAUUAUUAGAAUUGUUCAUUUUGUUACUGCUUUUUGUUGGUAAUAUAAACUCAACACUUCCUGUAAGAGUUUCAAAUUAAAAGCCCUUAAGAAAUGAUCACAACAAAGAACAACACAAAGUGAAAAUGGCACAGUUACAUUUAAGCAACAGCUGAUGACAGGUGACAAUAUAUUGUGAAUAAUAAGGACAUACAGCUGACUUUUAACCAAGUAUUGCAUUAUUAAUGUUAUGGACAGCAUUAAUUUUAAACUCUUUUAUUUACAAGUGCAUAAAGCACUCAAAAAGCUUAAAUUCAAAGUAAUAAGCCCUCCUGGGCACCAGCACAUAGUGCCAGGUAGUUACUAUGCAACAUACUAGAUGUUUUAAUUUUAGCUUUUUAAAAAAGAAAUAAAAGAUUAAUUGCCAUUAUUUAAGCAUUUGUUUAUUUAUAUGCUGGAAUUUAUUGUGCAACCACUUAAAAUCUGUCCAUGGUCAGAAAACAAUAGUCAAGAAGUAAGCUAAUGUUAGCCAGCUAGCUGUAACUUGGCACCUCUGUUUAAAGUUUUCGUAACAUAAACGUAUAAAAUAAUGAACACAUGAUAAGCUAACAAACUUUGUAAUCCAGAUCAACCCUACGAGUUUUGAUGUGACCGCUAGAUUACUUUACUAUGUUGGUUAGCUAACAAGCCAGGAUUAGCUAACAUUAGCCAGCGGUAAGCUAGCUUGAAGGGACUAUUUGGAUUCCCACAACUAAAGAAAUUUCCUAAACUGAAUCUAACUCAUUGUUUUGGCCCCACUAGAUUAAACUGGCUUUAUUCUCGCUAAUGUUUGCUAACUUGUUUGUGAUCAUGUAAAGGUACUUUACCGUAGCUAACAGUUAGUAGAAUUACAUGAUUUAGGAUAUGCCCAGUUAAACUAAGUAAUUAUAUUAUAACAGCAGAAAUGUACGUCAUAUGUAAGAGACAUGCAUAGCUUAUGUCUUACAUUUGUUUUCCCAGGUUGUAUUUGGAGACAGACUUUAUUUAUUUAUAUCAACUGUGCUUCCUGCGAUGAUCAGAGAGAUACCGUUUAAUUAAAAACUACAAAAUUCUGUUUGAGAAUAUAAGCUAGCUGUAACCAUAUUGUGUCCACACCUCCAAAUCUAGCAUGACUCAGUGAAGCAGGCUAUGCUCAAAGUGAAUCAACGUGUAAUAACUUAACAGUAUGACAGUAGUUCAGCUAACAUUUAAAGAGAUCAGAGUAGCUAGCAGGUUGGAGGCUAAAGCAGAUAGUACUUGUGUUAGCAAGUAAAUUGGAUUGCCAUGGGUUAGUAACUAAAAAAUAUUACAUCAGGUUAGCUAACAGUUUGUAUUUGCAGCUAAACCAAACACUGUUUAGCUUUAGCUUCUCCUUCAUGAAUUACCCUUCAGGUAGAACAUUUCCUCACAGAGAUGAUGAUGAAU